AUAUUGUGAAUGCAGGGUCCGGGGGAGACCAGAUAUAGUGAAUGCAGGGUCCGUGGAGACCGGAUAUAGUGAAUGCAGGGUCCGGGGAGACCGGAUAUAGUGAAUGCAGGGUCCGUGGAGACCGGAUAUAGUGAAUGCAGGGUCCGGGAGACCGGAUAUAGUGAAUGCAGGGUCCGGGGGAGACCAGAUAUAGUGAAUGCAGGGUCCGGGGAGACCGGAUAUAGUGAAUGCAGGGUCCGUGGAGACCGGAUAUAGUGAAUGCAGGGUCCGUGGAGAUCAGAUAUAGUGAAUGCAGGGUCCUGGGAGACCAGAUAUAGUGAAUGCAAGGUCCGAGGAGACCAGAUAUAGUGAAUGCAGGGUCCGAGGAG